AUGCGGAAGUACCAAUGCAUUCGCUCGUUAUUUUUCCUUCUUUGGCAGCCGCUGAUUGGCGCAUAUCUCGUGAGGGCGGAGCCUGCGGCAAACAAGCUGCAGCCACAGCAAAUGCUGCACACUCUCCAUCAGCUCCCGUCACCUGAGCAGCGGCAAUCGUCAGCUCCACGUGCUGAGAUGUCCAUCACAGUGCCCUCGCUCCUGCUGCUCCUCUUCCUUGCCAUUUUGUUGCCGGAUGACGCUUGUGGGGCGGCAGACAUUCCAGAGGACAUCACGGCAGAGUUUUCAGUGAGACUUUACCAGCACCUGCAGGCCAGGGACAGCCAGGACAACAUCAUCUUCUCCCCCCUGAGUGUAGCCAUGGCCCUGGGCAUGGUGGAGCUGGGGGCCCACGGCGACACCCUCCAGGAGAUCAGACAGGCACUAGGGUUUGGUCAGCUGGUGCCAGCUCCAGCAAACUCCAGCCGUGUGACGACGUGUGACGUGAUCGAUAUGAACAGAAAGUGCUGUAAUGCAGGACUAGAGUUCUCCCUGCUGCAGAACUUAACCUCGGCUCUGUCACAGGACAAGGCUCAGUAUGUGGUGAGGUUUGCCAACAGCCUGUACCUGCAGCAGGGAGCCUCCUUCAGCCCAGAGUUUGUGCACCUCAUAAGGAAGUACUUCAGAGCGCACGUGGAUACUGUGGACUUCAACCAGUCAGCAGCAGUCGCCCAGCUCAUCAACCACUGGGUCGAGAACCACACUGAGAGCAAAAUCCGCGAGUUGCUUUCACCCGAUGACUUCAGCAGUGUGACCCGUCUGACUCUAGUCAACGCUGUCUACUUCAGGGGCUCGUGGAAAAACCAGUUCAGACCCGAAAACACGCGCAGCUUCUCCUUCAGCCGGGAUGAUGGCUCCGAGGUGCAAACGCAGAUGAUGUACCAGCAGGGGGACUUCUCCUAUGGUGAGUUUAGUGACGGCUCACAGGAGGCCGGGGGAGUGUACCAGGUGCUGGAGAUGCCGUAUGCUGGAGAGGACAUGUCCAUGAUGAUCGUCCUGCCACGACAGGAGGUGCCUCUGGCCACACUGGAGCCCAUCAUCAAAGCCCCUCUGCUGGAGGAGUGGGCCAACAAUGUCAAGCGCCAGAAGGUGGAGGUUUAUCUGCCCAAGUUCAAAGUGGAGCAGAAGUUGGACUUGAAGGACGUUCUGCAGGAACUGGGAGUCCACACCAUCUUCAAUAACAACGCAGACCUCUCUGUGAUGACAGACCAGACCCGUUACCAGGGCGACCAGCGCCCCGCCCUCUCUGAGAAGAAGGGAGCGGGAAAGACCAGUCGAGGGACACAUAGCUAUUGGUCCAGAAGUCUGUCCCUGUUACCAGGGAAACCAGUGGCCCCUGGUAACCGCAGCGCCCAAGCCCCGGCGAUCCAAGAUGGCGCCCUAUUCAAAUGA